GAACCCGUCAUCUUCUCCCACCUCGCAGGCUCUCCGAGUUCUCCCUGCAAUCGGAUAGUUAUCCUUCCACCGCCGUUUCCAUCACUCUCUAUAUAUAGACUUCGCCGAUUCAUUCUCUCCUUCCUUUCCUCAGGAUCCAAUCCGAGCGUAUAAGGAAAGUCUCUCUGGUUCGUUUUGGUCCCGCACUUCCUCUCGAUCUCUCGCCAUGGGUAAGAUCCGAUCCCUUUUCCGCUGCCACCGGUCCAAGCGUCCGACCGGUCACUCCCACUCGGAGGCCCCCCGCCCCGCUGCCCCCCCGGCUGCUGACCCCGGCGACUUGGAGCGAGUCUUCAACAAAUUCGAUGCCAAUGGCGACGGCAAGAUCUCGUCGGCGGAGCUCGCCGCUGUCCUUGAGAUUCUCAGCGGCCAGCCGCCCUCCGAGGAGGAGCUCGGCCGCAUGAUGCGCGAGGCCGAUGUUGACGGCGACGGAUUCAUCUCCUUCGCCGAGUUCGUCGACCUCAACACUGCUCCCGCGGCGCUCGAGGAGGACCUCCGCCUCGCCUUCGCCGUCUUCGACCUCGACCGCAGCGGCUCCAUCUCGGCGGACGAGCUCGCCCACAUCCUCGGCGGGAUCGGGGAGGGCGCCUCCCUCGCCCAGUGCCGCCGCAUGAUCGACGGCGUCGACCGCGACGGCGAUGGCCUCGUCAGCUUCGAGGAGUUCAAGGCCAUGAUGACCGCUGGCGGAAGCAGCGCCCAUGCCUUUGCCGCCACAACUUAGGCGGUGGACUUCUCCAAUCGAAUCAAUCUCGAUCGAGGUAGUCAAAGCUACUGGAAACCCUGUAAGGACUAUCAAGGUGAUGGGAGAUGAUGACAAUAUGUUGUGUGUGUGGGAAGUGUUCCAAUGUACCUUCAAAGAUGCAAGAAAAUGGCUUUCACAUGGAUACUGUUACAAAGAAGGGCACCAAUGGACAA